AUGUCCAACCUCAUUGCUACCAAGCGUGUCGACCUCCUUGCGCCUUAUUUGGCCUUGGACCAGGGAUCCCGCGUCCAGGCAGAGUACAUCUGGAUUGACGGUGAUGGAGGUCUCCGGUGCAAAACCAUGUCUCUCGACAAGUCCCCCGCUUCAGUUUCCGAGCUGAAGGAGUGGAACUUUGACGGGUCGUCCACCAACCAGGCUCCCGGUGACAACUCGGAUGUCUUCCUCCGCCCCGUUGCCAUCUUCAAGGACCCCUUCCGUGGCGGCGCCAACAUCCUCGUCCUGUGCGAGUGCUACGACAAUGACGGUACCCCCAACAAGUCCAACUACCGCCACGCCUGCAAGAAGGCCAUGGACGCCGCCGAGAGCCAGGAGCCGUGGUUCGGUCUCGAGCAGGAGUACACCAUCUUUGACGCCGAUGGACAGCCGUACGGUUGGCCCAAGAUGGGUUUCCCAGGACCCCAGGGUCCCUACUACUGCGGUGUCGGCGCGGGCAAGGUCUUUGCCCGCGAUUUCGUCGAGGCCCACUACCGCGCGUGCCUCUACGCCGGUGUCAACAUCUCGGGCAUCAACGCCGAGGUCAUGCCCUCGCAGUGGGAGUUCCAGGUCGGUCCCUGCCCCGGUAUCGAGAUGGGCGACCACCUCUGGAUGGCCCGUUUCCUCCUCCUCCGCAUCGGAGAAGAGUGGGGAAUUACCCCCUCGUUCCACCCCAAACCCCUCAAGGGCGACUGGAACGGUACCGGCUGCCACUCCAACUUCUCCACCCUCCUCAUGCGGACACCCGGCAAGGGUAUGGCCGCCAUUGAGGACGCCAUCAAGAAGCUCGGUGACAAGCACCUUGAGCACAUUGCGGUGUACGGUGAAGACAACGACCUCCGUCUUACUGGCAAGCACGAGACUGCUUCCAUGACCCAGUUCUCCGCCGGUGUCGCCAACCGUGGCGCAAGUAUCCGGAUCCCCAGGCACGUCGCUCUCCAGGGCUACGGCUACCUCGAAGAUCGUCGUCCCAGUGCCAACGUCGACCCUUACCGAGUCACCGAGGCCCUCGUCAACACCACCCUCCUCUAG